UAAACGCAUGGUGUACGUACUCAAUUAAUUAGCUUUUCUCUGCUGCAAUGGUGUAAGUGGAGUGGAAUUCCGAGUUUCGUUCUCGCUAGCUAGUUUGAUGCAAUCCGUGAGAAGAUACGUACGUGCGCGGCAUGAUCGGCGGUAACCGAUCUAAGAUCGCUGCGGCGAUCUUCGUCGGAGUGCUUUUUGGAUGCGUUUUUGCCUUUUUAUACCCCGACGGAUUUCUUUCAUUAUUGCCUCGAGCUCGUCAAAUUGUUGCGAAUUCAGAUUUGAAGGUUCCUACCACUUCAUGCAAGUCCUCAGAUCAACUCAUCAUAUUGAAAUCAAAGUACGUUGCUGCAACAGAAGAACAGGCAGUGCUGAAAGAGCAAAUUAGGGAUCUCACGGAGAAGGUCCGGUUGGCGGAACAAGGGAAAGCCAACGAGCAGAAACGACUGUUGGAUUUGGGGGUUCAAAAAAAAGCUGGUCCAUUCGGAGCCGUGAAGAGCCUGAGAACCAACCCCACAGUCAGACCUGAUAAGUCUGUGAACCCAAGGUUAGCCAAAAUAUUGCAAAAAGUUUCUGUGAACCAUGAGCUCAUCGUCUCACUUGCGAAUUCUAACGUUAAAGACGAAUUGGAGGUAUGGUUCACAAACAUCAAACGUGUAGGAAUACCCAACUACUUGGUUUAUGCUUUGGACGAAAAAAUUGAAAGUUUCUGCCUAUCAAGGGAUGUCCCGGUGUAUAAAAGAGCACAUGGAGAUGCCAAAAAUGACCAAUACGAUGAUGGCUUCGAAUCCAUUGCAAGAGGUGGAGGAAACCAUGCUGUCUCAGGAUUGAAAUUUAGGAUCUUGAGAGAGUUCUUGCAGCUUGGCUACAGUGUUCUCCUCUCAGACGUCGACAUAGUCCACUUACAAAAUCCAUUCAAAUAUCUCUACAGGGACUCAGACAUAGAGUCCAUGUCUGAUGGCCAUGACAACGAGACAGCUUAUGGAUACAACCAUGUUUUGGAUGAACCUGAAAUGGGGUGGGCAAGGUUUGCCCAUACAAUGAGGAUAUGGGUUUAUAAUUCUGGAUUCUUUCACAUAAGGCCAACAAUCCCCGCGAUAGAACUUCUAGAUCGUGUGUCUAGAAGGCUAUCCCGGGAGAAUGCUUGGGAUCAAGCCGUAUUCAAUGAAGAGCUGGUCUUCCCGUCUCAUCCUGGUUAUGAAGGGCUUCAUGCUUCGAGAAGGACUAUGGAUUACUAUAUGUUUAUGAACAGUAAGGUUCUGUUCAAGACGAUUAGAAAAGAUGCAGUGCUGAAGAAAAUGAAGCCGGUGAUUGUUCAUGUGAAUUAUCACCCGGAUAAGCUUGACCGAAUGAAAGCAGUGGUCGAUUACUACGUGAAGGGGAAGCGUGAUGCUCUGGAUUCGUUUCCGGAUGGCUCCGAGUAGUGAUUUCGGUACGUUGGCUUAACUAACUUUUUUGAUUUGAAAGAGUUGGUUUUACACUUGAGUUAUAUGGUCUCUAUGUUAGUAGUAGUAAGCAUGCUAUUAAGAUGGAUACGUGAUAAAUUGUUCUUUUAAGUUAAAUGGCAAUGUAUUUGGUUUCUUUAAGCACUAUUUUGUUGCUGUUACUAUGCUAAAUUUUAUCACACGAUGUAACACGUGAAACAUAAUUUCAAUACAAAAUAUAUUUAUACAGCACUGUAGCAUAUGCUUUUAUUUAAAUGCAUAUUGCAUGAAUUGAUAGUAUAUGUUUUUAUUUAGCACAA